UCUCUCCACCAAUCUGGUCUCUUUAAAGCUAAUACGUCAUCACGUCAGUGUGGGUGGUUGGUCGUCACCGUCACUGUUUGGCAACAUGGCGGCGCACAGGGUCUCUCCAUCACUGAACAGGCUGCUGUUUGCUGUAAAGUAUGCCUCAUUCCAGUCAGGAUGCUGUGCAGUGCACUGUAACGCUCAAUAUUCCACCAUCCACACCCCGAGUGAAAAGACCUUUGAUAAGAUCCUCAUUGCUAACAGAGGCGAGAUUGCUUGCAGGGUGAUGAAGACAUGUCAUAAGAUGGGCAUCCAGACUGUAGCUGUUCACAGUGAUGUAGACUCCAGUGCUGUUCAUGUGAAGAUGGCUGAUGAAGCAGUGUGUGUGGGCCCUGCUCCCACCAGUAAGAGUUACCUGAACAUGGAUGCCAUCAUGGAUGCCAUCAGAGUGACUGGAGCACAAGCUGUACAUCCUGGCUAUGGGUUUCUCUCUGAAAACAAAGAGUUUGCAAAGCGACUGGCAGCAGAGGGCGUGGCAUUCAUUGGCCCCGACACCCAUGCUAUAAUGGCAAUGGGGGAUAAAAUUGAGAGCAAGCUGAUUGCUAAGGCUGCAAACGUCAACACUAUCCCAGGUUAUGAUGGAGUCGUCAAGACUGCUGAGGAAGCUGUGAAGAUCGCACAAGACAUUGGCUACCCUGUGAUGAUCAAAGCAUCUGCAGGAGGAGGAGGGAAAGGAAUGAGGAUUGCUUGGAAUGCUGAGGAGACGAGGGAAGGUUUCCGGUUCUCGUCCCAGGAGGCAGCAUCCAGCUUUGGAGAUGACAGGCUGCUCAUUGAGAAGUUUAUAGACAACCCCAGACACAUUGAGAUACAGGUGCUGGCCGAUAAACAUGGGAAUGCUCUGUGGCUGAAUGAGAGGGAAUGCUCCAUCCAGAGGAGGAACCAGAAGGUGGUGGAAGAAGCUCCCAGUACUUUCCUGGACCCAGUGACAAGGCGGGCGAUGGGUGAGCAGGCGGUGCAGCUGGCCAAGGCUGUGCAGUACUCCUCUGCUGGCACUGUGGAGUUCCUUGUGGAUUCUCAAAAGAACUUCUACUUCCUGGAGAUGAACACACGACUACAGGUGGAGCAUCCAAUUACAGAGUGUAUUACUGGCCUGGACCUGGUGGAGCAAAUGAUCAGGGUUGCCAAAGGUUACCAACUCCAGCACAAACAGGAAGAUAUCCCAAUUAAUGGUUGGGCUAUUGAGAGUCGCGUCUACGCUGAGGAUCCUUACAAGUCUUUUGGUCUUCCUUCCAUUGGACGGCUGUCUAAAUACCAAGAGCCACUCAACCUCAGAAAUGUCCGUGUAGACAGCGGAAUCCAGGAGGGAAGUGACAUCAGCAUCUACUAUGAUCCCAUGAUCUCUAAGUUGGUUACCUAUGGAGCUACGCGAGCUGAAGCCCUUGACAGGAUGGAGGAAGCUCUGGAUAACUAUGUAAUCAGAGGUGUAACCCACAACAUUCCCCUCCUUCGGGAAAUCAUCACACACCCCCGCUUUAUCGCUGGUGACAUUAGCACCAACUUCCUGCCCGAGGUUUACCCUGAUGGCUUUAAGGGUCAUCAGCUGGACAUAGACACACGCAGGGAGCUCUUGGCCUCAGCAGCAGCCCUCUACAUCACUGCUCAGAUCCGUUCACAGAAGGUCCUGGGUGACCUGAGGGUGUCUUCCAGUCCUCUGGAAUGUAGCCGCUGGGAGCUGUGUGCGCAGCUGGAAGACGGAAGCCAUUCUGUGGGGGUUACCAAAUCAGGAAAUGUUUAUACUGUGGAGGUGGAUGGAGGAAAGGUGGAAGUAAGUGGACAGUGGAACCUGGCCUCCCCACUGCUACCACUUACCAUCAACGGCACACACAGGACGCUACAGUGUCUGUCCAGAGAUGCUUCUGGAAGGAUUCUCUUGCAGUACCUUGGCACAUCGUUUAAGGUUCGCGUUCUGUCUAAGUUGGCUGCAGAGUUUAACUCCUACAUGCCAGAAAAAGUUCCAGAAGACACCAGCAGCAUCCUGCGUUCACCGAUGCCAGGCACAGUGGUGGCUGUGUCUGUCAAGCCUGGAGAUCCGGUUGCCGAGGGUCAGGAGAUCUGUGUGAUUGAAGCAAUGAAGAUGCAGAACAGUUUGACUGCCGUCAAACAAGCAAAGGUUAAGAGUGUCCACUGUAAGCCAGGGGAGACAGUGGGCGAGGGAGACCUGCUGGUAGAGCUUGAAUAAAACUCUUAAAAAAUCUUUUGAUAUGUAACAUCAGCACCAGGAUGAGCCUUACUCCCCUCUGAAAAACCACAUUGACAAACAGACUGGACAGUAAAAGAUGCUUGAUUUAUCUUGCCAGUGGUCAGUCUCCAGAGUUGCCCCCGGUACAGUUUAGUUUCCCUGAUGGUGACUCAGAGCUGAGUACCAGUGUUUUCUCCACGUCAAACUCAAUCACGUUGCUUGUUGAGAUGCAGCUUUCCUAAAAAACAAUUCUUGGAAAUGACAAAAAAAUAUGUUUUUUGACCCCUAAAAUGUCUCUUCUUGCAAAUAGUUUUGAUUUAAAUACCAAGGUUUUAAGAUAUCUACAUAGCAAAUGUCAGCUGAUGCUUCAAUAAAAAGGACAAGGAGCUGCUGAUAAGUUUUUGAAGUAAUUUUUCCGUGAUUUGAGCACUAUAAAGAGUUCCAUUUACCUCCAUUGUAUUAGAGUGGGGGCAUAAAUCUCAGAGACGGAUGUAUUACAACCUUAUUGCAGAAAACCCAAACUAUGUGCAUUGUCCAAUACCACACAAGGCAAUUAGAAAAAACACCUGUUGUAAUUUGGUUGAACUAACAUUUUAAAAGACACACUACAUACAACCAAUAAAGUGCUCCUUCUUUUCCACAAACUGUAA